UACUUAUCACUUGGAAUAAACUAUUUCCAGAGUUCAGAUUGGUCUAAAUUUUCAAGCAUGAGCUCCUUAACCUACCUUGAUCUCUCUUCGAACUACUUUAAUUCAACAUUCCCAGGUUUCAUAUCAAAGUGUAGGAACUUGACUUUCCUUGACUUGUCUGAAAACAGUUGGAACGGGUCAAUUCCACAAUCUGUAUUUUCCAAUCUUGUCAAACUCGAAUCUUUCAAUCUCACAAAUAACAAAUUUGUGGGGCAUUUGUCAUCUAAUAUUUCGAAACUUUCUAAGCUCAAACACCUUCAUUUACAACUUAAUUUCUUCAAAGGUAAUAUUCCUAAAGGAAUUGCUCUCCUACAUGAUCUUGAGGUUCUUGAACUGUAUAAAAACUUCUUUAGUGGGAGUAUUCCUUCUUCUAUUGGUCGAAUCAAAAAUCUAUUACAACUUAAAACAAUUGAUCUUUCUUUUAACAAUCUCAUGGGUCCAAUUCCCAUUUCUCUGUGGAACCUCAAAAGCCUCAUCAUUCUUUCUGUAAAUACCAACCAACUAUCAGGAACACUGCCAGUUAACAUUUCAAGGCUGAGUAACUUGGAGGUGUUAUCUGUUUUCACCAAUAAUUUCACUGGUUCAAUUCCUUCAGAGAUUGGAAGCUUGAAAAAACUUACAUUAUUGGAUCUUUCUAAUAACCAUCUCACAGGUCCCAUUCCAACUUCUUUAUGGAGCCUAAAAAAUCUCACCAUUCUACAACUUUUCAGAAACAAUCUGAUUGGAACCAUCCCACCACAGAUUGGAAACCUAAAACUCCUGUCAAAAUUUCGUGUAGGCACCAACCAAUUAUCAGGAGAGUUACCUGUUAAUAUUACUAAUCUUAGUAACUUGGAGGCCUUCUCUAUUUUCAACAAUAGUUUCAUUGGUUCGAUUCCUUUAGAGAUUGGAAACUUAAAGAAACUUAAAAAAUUGUAUCUUUCUUUGAACUAUCUCACUGGUUCGAUUCCAACUUCUCUGUGGAACCUUAAAAACAUCAUCUUUGUGGUCCUUUCUAGAAACAAUCUGAUUGGAACUAUCCCAACUGAGAUUGGAAAUCUAGAAUUCCUCACAAAUUUUGUUGUUGGCGGAAAUCAACUAUCAGGAGAGUUGCCAGUUAAUAUUUCUAGGCUUAGUAACUUGGAGGUGUUCGAUGUUUUUGGCAAUAAUUUCACUGGCACAAUCCCUAGAGACUUUGGGAAAAACAAUCCUAAUUUGACCUUCGUUUCAUUUGGAAACAACAAAUUCUUUGGAAAGAUUCCACAAGGUUUGUGUAGUGGGUUCAAUCUAGAAUAUUUGAGUGUAAGCAACAAUAGCUUUACAGGGACAUUGCCUGAGUGUAUGAGAAAUUGCACCAAAUUAGAAAGAGUGAGGCUUGAUGAGAACAAAUUUACAGGCAACAUCACCAAUGUUUUUGGUGUUCACCCACAUCUCGAUUCCAUUUUCUUAAACAACAAUCAAUUUGUUGGCCAUGUAUCAAGUACGUGGGGACAAUGUCAGAAUCUCACCAGAUUACAGUUGGGUCAAAAUAAAAUCUCUGGUAAGAUCCCUCAAGAACUAGGGAGUUUGACAAAGUUGAAAGUUUUGAGCCUCGAAUCUAACAAAUUGAUUGGGCCAAUUCCAACUCAAUUAGGAAAUCUUACCCUUUUGUACCAACUUAAUCUAAGCAAUAAUCAUUUGACUGGGAUAAUCCCUCCAAGUCUAUCCGACUUGAGUAGGCUAGUAGAUCUUGAUUUUUCGACAAACAAUUUAGUUGGUGAUAUACCAAAUUGGUUAGGUAAUUAUGAAGGAUUGUUGAGCUUAAACCUUAGUCACAAUAUGCUAUCUAGUAAAAUACCACCAGAGCUUGGAAAUUUGGUUUCUAUACGUUAUGUAUUGGAUCUCAGCAACAAUUUACUUGAUGGAGAGAUACCAUCAAGCUUGUCCAAGCUUACAAUGCUGGAAAUUCUAAACAUCUCUCAUAACCACCUCUCAGGUAGUAUUCCCCAAUCAUUUUCCAACCUAAUAAGCGUACGUUACAUGGAUUUUUCUUUCAACAACUUGACGGGUUCGAUCCCAACUGGAGCCAUUUUCCAAAAUGCUUCAAAAUGUUUUUAUGAUGGAAAUCUAGAAUUGUGUGGAAAUGUUGCAGGACUUGAGCCCUGCAGAAGGCAAAGAAACAAAAUUAGCAAUGGUCUUAUUUGUGGCCUCGUAGUGUUUGUUACAAUCAUUGUAAUCACUCUCAUACUGUGUCAUAAACUCAAGGUGUUGGACAAGCGCAAAAAAGAUUCCAACAAAAAUGACACGCAUCAAUCAUUGAUAUGGGAGAAGGAAGCAAAAUUCACAUUUGGAGAAAUUGUAGAGGCAACUGAAGACUUUGACGACAAGUAUUGCAUUGGAAAAGGAGGCUUUGGUACGGUUUACAAGGCUAUAUUGAGAUCACAAGAGCUAGUUCUUGCGGUUAAGCGGUUGCACAUAUCAGAUUCGAGUGAUAUUUUAGAAGUUAGUCGCAUAAGUUUUCAAAAUGAGAUUCGAACUCUUACUGAAGUCCGACAUCGAAACAUUGUAAAGCUUUAUGGGUUUUGUUCAAGAAAUAAUGGUUUGUACUUGGUGUAUAAGUAUGCAAGCAGGGGCAGUCUUGCUAAAGUGUUAUAUGACUCAACAGAUCUUGAUUGGGAUUCAAGAGUGAAGAUUGUUCAAGGAUUGGCCCAUGCAAUCUCAUACUUGCACCACGACUGUUCUCCACCAAUCGUUCAUCGCGACGUGUCCUUAAACAAUGUAUUACUUGGCUCUGAUUUUGUUCCAAUAUUGUCGGACUUUGGCACAGCUCGAUUGUUAAUGCCUGACUCGUCCAUUUGGACAAAUGUAGUUGGAUCCUAUGGCUACAUGGCCCCAGAAUUGGCUUUGAUUAUGCGUGUGACUGAAAAGUGUGAUGUGUAUAGUUUUGGAGUGGUAGCUUUAGAAAUUAUGAUGGGAAAGCACCCAAGAGAGUUGUUGGAAUCUUUAUCAUCAGCUCGGUCAGAAACAUUAUCAGAGAAUCUGUUAUUGAAAGAUAUGUUAGAUCAACGAUUGUUAAUUCCUACCGGAAGAUUAUCAGGUGUUGUGGUGUUAGUGGUGAGCUUGGCACUGUCAUGUACUAGAAGUAGACCAGAUUCACGACCCACUAUGCAUUUUGUGGCACAAGAAUUAUCCACAAGGAGUCGAGCUUCCAUGAUCUCUGAGCCAUUGAGGACUAUCACGAUUGAGAAGCUUGCUACACUUCAAUAUCAAUAACAAUAGAAAUAAAUUUUUUACUACAAUCACAGCUUGUAUUUAUGUAUGAGGUUUAACUCAUACAUAAUUCUUGUGUAAUUUUAGGUUUAACACAUCAACACAGGCUAUUAACUUAGAAUUGAGUCAAAUUUCACAUGGGAAGACCGCCCUACUUGGCUUUGCCCAUGUUCCUAGUUCUAAUUUGGUCCAAGAGACUAAAGUGUGGAGGGUUGUAAAAGGAACCUUGUGUGUUCGAUCAAGGUUAUUGUGUAAUUGGUGUUUGAAACAAUUGAUGAGUGAUAUUUGAGUUGUAAUCCAAAGUGUGUAAUGUACUGUUUAUCUUCAAUUAAGAAUCAUUCAUUGCAUUACUGAUUUACAGUUUUGGUUCAUGCCUUUUUAUGAUUGAUUUUGUUGGUUCUUAAUUGAUGUUGUUCAUCAUAACAGCUGCAUCUAAGUGAAGUAAUUUCACUACAGAUAUAGAUAGUAUAUCUGACACGUGUAGAUGCUUAGUUGUUAAGACCGAACUAGAGUCCCACAUCGACUAUCUGAAAGAAAGAUCUAUUGUAUUUAUACUCCAAUCUCUGGUCUUCAGUGCACGACCUUACUUGAACAGGAUCUGUUCUAUAGGCUCGUACCUCUGUUUCCUUGAGUUCUAAGGAGACAGGAAACCAAACCUGGUGGAUGAAUCAUGACCGUUCGAUCAGAGCGUCAUUAACGGCCAGAUCUUCUUCGGAUUAUCACGGCUGUAGAGGAUCGUUCUCAGCUGGUUCACUAGCUGGGGUGAUCGAACGGUUGUCUGACAGGUUCCCUUUUA